AUGAAGUUACAUUCACCAAGUUGUUUCAUUUAUUUUUUGUGUCUUUUGUGCCAAAGUAACCUUUUAUUUGUUUCAUCGAUUCCUCUACAAGUUACAUCGACAUUACCAACUUUAGUAACAAAUGGAAACUCGUCGACUUCAGAUAAUUAUAUUACAACUGAAUGGCCAAGAAUCGACAAAGUUGAACCUCGAGUUUUUGCUAUCGGUUGCAUUUUCUGUUUAGAGUAUGGUGAACUUUCUUUUCCCGCGAGGUGUUUUUGGGAUGUCGUUGAGAAGGCCAUCAAAGCUCGUAAUUCCGUAGUGGGAACUGUUUCACGUCCUUUCAAUUGGUCAACAGAUAAAUUUUUCACUGGUUUGGAAACAUUAUAUGGACAUGCUUUGAAACUCAUCCUCAAAACAAAGAAAAUGUUCAAGUCUAAAUGUGAACAAGACUCUAGCUGUGAACUUGAUUAACCUACAUCUUGAUGUAUCUAGUAAAAUUACAAUCUUAAUCUUUA